GCACGACAGGCAUGGUAUAACACACAGUAUGUGUUCUCUGCAUGAAAGCACGCAACUCUUCCGCAGUUUGUAGUCCACACCAAGGAGUGAAGUUAUAAAAAGUGUUAUACAGCAUCUAUUGGCCCGCUGUUGGCUCUGUUUCUGGCGCAGGCAUGCUGGGUGAAGGUUUCCUAACUGUGCUCACAUAUGGGAAGGAGAGCAAAGACUCCAGUCCCCAAAACAGGAACCCACAGUGUACAAAACACGCUCACAAAACCAAGCUGAACUCAAUGGCCCUGACACUGAUAAAAGAUAAGGAGGAGCUGCCAGGCUUAGAGCAGGGCCAGGAGCAGACCAGACCUUCUCAGCCCAGUCUUGGAGUCCUGAUACCCAGUGACACAGCUGGCCAGCACCCGGGCUUGGAGCUGUACCACUCCUGGGACUGCACCAGCUUCUGUCAAGACUACCCGGACCUGCAGCUGAGGGGGGACCACAUGGUGGACCAGGACUCAGAGAGCAUCACGGUGCAGUACGCCUGGGGCAGGUUCCCGCUGCAAGCCCAGGCCCUGGAAGAGCUGGAGGCCCUGCAGCCUGGGCCUGCCCCUCUUCGGCUGAAAGCUGACUUCCAGCCACCCCAGGAUGACGGCUACCUGGAGAUGGACAGCAGUAUCACCCUCGAAAAGAGGGAGCCCCUGUCAAACUCCAUGCUGAACUGUUACCUGGAGAGCAAGCUUCUGGAGGUCUACCGGCAGCACCUGCAGGACAGUCUGGCUCGCUUGGGCUUCCCCGCCAACCCCGCCCAGCUACCCAACGUGCUGCUGCCCUCCGUGAACCAGCUCAGCCGCCAGUUGUCCCAUGAACAAGGACUGGACGCCAGCGUUGCCCUUAACGUGGUAACCCACUACCUGAGCUCCAUGUGUACCCGCACGGGCAGCUCCCACUUCAGCUCCCCUGUCCUGCGCAUCUCCAAUGCUGAUGAGAGGAAGAAGCCCCCCUCCCUCUCCAAGCCCCUGUAGGACCUCUGGCUGGGUCCAGUGGGAGGCCAUCCCAGCCUUCAUCAGAGGUGUUCCAACCAUAUUGCUGACCAUCCCAUCGUGAAUCGUCUUCUGAACUAUAGGCUAGAAUGCCACUCCUACAGAUGUUUUCUGUUCCAGUUGAACCAUGAGGGUUUAUGUUGUGUUCUGCUCUGAGGUAGAAGUAAUACACCGCCCAAGCCCUUGCACUCACCGCCCACCAAGGGUAUUGCAUGCUAGCCACAGUACAGAUCAUACCCAUGAGUCUGCAAUAGGGGAACAUUUCGGCCUAUGCAGUCAGCACACAAAAGCACUUUCAGUUCCUUUAUAUUGCAACACACAUGCUGAGAAGGUUGAAGUUGACUCCAAAAGUGUGGCUGUGUGAUGCGCUGUGAUCAUAGUACCAAAAAUAUUGCAUAAAAAUCAGGUGCUCUCUUGGUGUCAUCCAUUAAAAAGAAUGUUUAGUAUUUAUUGGCAUAUUAUGCUAUGAUAGUAUACAGUAUACAGUAAGAUAGGGAGGGGUAGGGUUUUGGCAGAGUUGGUGGGUAUGUGUGGGGGUGAUUCAUCACACCUCUUUUUUAGUAAUAACCUCUUCACCCUCACUCCAGUUUGAUAUCUGGCUUUGCACUUGGUGUGAAAAUACACACGAACGCACACACACCCCUCCCCCGCAAACACGCACACACACAUCCACACACCACAUAGUGAUGAGCAGGGAGGAAACUGAUGACCAAAAUAAUUAGCAGAAGUGUAACAACACAAGUUCUUCUUUCUUAUUUGUUGAAUUUGAAUGAAUACUUUGAAUUCAUUGAAGACUGAUGAAUACCUUCUGGCCAUAUUGUUUGUUCUGUAAAAUAAAUAUUCAUAUUUUUA